CAACCAGAUAAAGUGAGAGUGGUUUGGACCAGAAGAAAUAGGCGUAUGUGCUCCAAGGUAAAUACUCACCCAAUUUUACUUAAAAGAUAAACGGCACAUCUCUUAUCCCACUUGGAUGUCAGGGAUGCAUUUCCAUAACUUGUAUCAUGUUUUGAUGUAGUCUUGAUUUCUUGAUUUCUCUCUCUAGCUUCAUGGAUGGCAGCCGGGCAUCAAGAAUCCAUACAGAGGGAUGGUGGUGUGGCCGGUACCUGAAAAUGUGGAUAUCUCUGUCACACUCUUCAGGGUAAAUAUCACCCCAUGGGUGUUCAUGAGGACACUGUUCCAGAGCUAUUUGUCUCUGUGAUAAUUCAUCUUUAGACAUUUCUAUUGUAAAUUGACAACAUACAAACAUUUGUGUAAUAUGUGUCAUAUUUCUCUGUUAUUUUCAUUCUAUCUCUAUACUUAUCCACUAGGAUCCCCAUUCUGAUGUGUUUGAAGACAAAGACUGGACGUUUGUCAUUGAGAGUGUGAGUGUACUUUCCGCCUCAAUCUAAUUACAGUAGCUCAUAACAGACAGCAUUGAAAUAUGAACGUUCAUUAAAGGUAAUCUAAAGGUACCACUUAAGCCCGCUCAUGAAUGUAUUCCUGCUGCUUGCCUUGCAGGAGACAAAGGGUCAACGUAAGGUCUUGGCUGCAGUGGACGUGAAUAUGAAGAAGUUUGCCAGUGCCACGCCCACUCAGCAAGACCUGACAUUGAAGCUGAAGCCCCUGUCUGUCAAGGUGGUGGAGGCAACUCUGAAGCUCUCCCUGUCCUGUGUGUUUCUCAGAGAGGGGAAAGCCACGUGAGUCCAUCCCAUAAUAUCCCACUAGAUUCAUAAUUACCACCCAUACUAUAGUAAUAACAUCAGUAAUAACAUAAUUAUCUGUCAAGGUGACAAUGCUGUGUUACUCUCCCACAGUGAUGAAGACAUGCAGAGUCUGGCCAGUCUGAUGAGUGUCAAACCCACAGACAUCGGUAACCUUGACGACUUCAAUGAGAGCGAUGAGGAGGAAGACAGGAGGUCCAGUGCUGGAGCUAGCAUUAGCAAAGCUGCCGCAGGUAUACUUGAACCAUAAACGUAUACAUACAUCAUUAGAUAAAACCAUACCUUCUUUGAUGCUCUAUAUCUGCUGUACAUCUCUCUAUUUUCUGCCUUCCUUUCUGUCACAUGACUUGAAUGAUGGCAUCCUCACUUUUCUAUCACAUAUCAUCUCCUGUCCCUACUUUUUCCUUCUCACGCUUUCUUUCUCCACUUCCUCUGCCAGCUCCUCCUGCUCGUCCAGUGCGCCCCGCAGAAAGGAGGCCUUCUCCUCUAAAACAUCCCCCUGUCAUAGGUACCCUACCUCUCUCCCUCUUGUUCUUCAUCUUGUUCUAGCCUUUGGUUUUCACCUUUGUGACACCUUUCCCAUCAUCCUACCAUAGUACCUCAUGUAUAAAUGAUUUUAAAUCAUUUUGAAAGAAAAAUCAUAUCCAAGGAUUUCUAUACAAGUGACAAUUGUAACAAUACAAAGAACUGAUGGAUCCUAUGUGAUAUGAUUUUACAUUAGUCACCACAUUACAUCUUCAAAUGUUCCAUUGAAUCAGAUACUUUCCCCAAAGAUACCGGAAUGCCAAGAAGAAAGUAAUAAAGAGUAACAGUAGUACUUAGAAACAAUGUCUAUGCUAUGCAGCAGCUAGCUAGUUUUCUUGGAGAUGUCAGUUAUAAAGCUGUAUCUGAUUUAUGACAGUCAUUUCAUUUUUAACCUGUCAUAUCAUUCCACUUCUUUGCUUGUCUUUUCAUCCUUCACUCCCCUCUCCAUCUUUUUCAAUUUAUACUCUUCUCAUCUCCAUCUACCUCUCCCUCCCUCCCUCUCUCCAUCCCCUCUUUAUCCCAUAGUCUGUGGGAAAGAGAGUGGCAAAGCUGGCACUGCACCUGUCCUCCAUUCAAGGCCCCCCCUGCCUACCCCCCCGACCCCCUCUCCCCGUCCUCAAACCCGCUCCAGACAUGCACGCUCUGUGCCACCCUCCCCUGAGCCCCCCAGGCCACCAGUGCCCCCAUUCCCCUUGGUGACCUCAGUUCCAUCAGUGCCCUCAGUUCCAUCAGUGCCCUCAGCCUCAGCGCCAUCAAGGCCCCUAGGACCCCCAGUUCCCUCAGUACCAGUCUUUACCCGCUAUCAACCACCCUCAGUAUCAUCAGUGUCCUCACUGCCUGCCUUUACCCACUAUCAACCACCCUCAGUAUCAUCAGUGUCCUCCCUGCCUGCCUUUACCCACUAUCAACCACCCUCAGUAUCAUCAGUGUCCUCACUGCCUGCCUUUACCCACUAUCAACCACCGGCACUGCCCAAAAUCUUCCGUCCCAGCAGCGGCUCAGGUACCUGCAGCCAGACAGAUAGACUGAAUGAUGCUGCCUUGACACAUGCUUAAUGAAGCUUCACUUGUUUCUCAAUCUGCAUGAUGGAACUCCCUGAAUUGCUUAUGAAUUGCCUUUUAAUUUUGCUCAACAAAAGUAUCCCCCAGCAAGGGCAUGGUGUAGUAAUAACUGGGGUUGGGCUGUCUUAUGAGGGUGAUUUGAGCAACAUAGAAAUGACUAGCAACAUCAACCAGUGACGCUUUUGAACCUGCUUGCUUGUGUUGAAUACUUUUUCUGAAGAGAAUACCAGUGUUACUGUAAGUUAACAGAAAUGUUCUCUGCAUUAUUAACAGGAAACUGUGGUUUAGAAAAAGUAAAAGUAACAUCACAGCAUGUCAUGCAGCAUGCCUAUUUGCAGAAGUCCUCGCUCUCACUCAUUGGUUUCUGCUAUUUAUCUAUAUCUGCAACUUCCCUAUUUUCCUUUUCUUCUUGCUCCUAGAGCCUGUGUCUUUUCUGAGUAGGCUCCCGGGGGCUCUGUGUGGCCCUGCAGUGGACUUGAAGCCCCGGGGUGUUGGCCAAGUGGCCCCCGAUCGGCCCCAGUUCAGACCAGCUGAGCCCCUGGCCUCUGGCCUCUCUCAUCAACCCUCUCUACCCUCCGACCCACAAAGAGGUAGCAGACGCAUGGAAGGUCAAAGGCCACCUGCUUAUCACAUUGGCCAUUCUAUGUCUUUAAGUUGGACUCGGUUUGAGUGUCUGAUGCUGUAGUUUUUCUUACACUAUCAUUUUUCUGUCCUCUGUUCUCCUUUAUGCCUGAUGCCCACCCUCCCUCUCUUCCUCUCUUCCUCUACUGCAGCUCGCUCAAAUGUCUUCAGACCUCAGAUUGUAUCAACUCAUCAGCGUCCGUCCUCCCCCUCUAUCUUUUCCUCUGCUGCAUCUCCUCAAGACAAAAACACUGUUACUGCCCUAUCUCAGCCAGAACCAUCCCUCCCCAAACCUCAGCUCCCCAACACUCCGCCAAGUAUGGAAACACAUUCUAUUGCUAGCGCUGAUCACUUUGUGUUACUUACUUCAGUGGUUAUAGCUUGUGUAGCUUGCUUCUCUUCAGUUGUAUUAUCUUGGCGGGUGAGCCAAAGCUUACUUGUUGCUGUGUCUUCACUCUUAAUGCUGGUUGAUGAACUAACUAACUCUGUUUACACACAAUCAUAAAUCUUUGUCUCCCCAUUCACCCUCUCUCUCUGUGUCUAUCCCCUUCAUCAACUCUCUGCUCUCAGCCUCCAUCUGGCAGAGGGAGUGGGGGAGGCCCAGGCCUGUGUCAGGCCCCAGUGGCCCCUCUGGCUCUGGCCUGUCCCCCUCCUAUUCCUGUCCCUCUCCUAGGGAUUCCAUGGCCCCUGUCCCUCUGCUGACUAGCCCAGACCUGGAUGCUCUGUGUGACCCUCACUGUCCUCCUCCUUCCAUCUCCUUCCCUAAGUCCUCACCUCCUGUCAAAUGUAUUUUCUCUCACAACCCUCCCUCUCCUCGCUCUAACAACCACCGUAAACGUGCCCAAGUCGUUGCCCCUCUCUCUGACCCUCUACCCAAGCCUGUCCCUCUGCUUCCUGCUACUGUCCGUGCCUCUCCUUCUGCAGCUCUCACUGCCUCCCAGUCAGGUACUAAACCAACAGGUCUCACAGCAUGAAUACCAUCAGGGCAUGGGAGGGCAACUAGGUCUAUGACAUCAGUCUCGUUUCAUCAUUAAAACCAUUCUAGGACUGAGACAACCACAAUAUUCCAGGAGCAGGCCUGCGAGCCGAGGGCAAGAAAAUGUAAUGUUCCUUAUUUGAUGUUGUUCCCAUUCCUUUUUCACCAAGUUUAGAAUUGUAAACUAAUAGAAAAUAGAAGUGGAAGACUAUUGCGAUUACUGCUCCAGAUCACUUGAUAUCCAACACAAGGGGAAUGGAAGAGAAGAGGGAGAGAGGGGGGAGAGGGAGAGGGAGAUAGAGAGGGGAGAGAGAGAGGGGGGGAGGGGGGGGGAGAGAGAGGGGGAGGGGGGGAGAGGGGGAGAGGGAGAGAGAGAGGGGAGAGAGAGAGAGAGGGGGAGAGAGGAGAGAGGGGGGAGAGAGAGAGGGGAGAGGGGGGGAGGAGAGAGAGGGGGGAGAGGGGGAGUGGGAGAGAGAGAGGAGAGAGAGAGGGGAGAGGGGGGAGAGGGAGAGAGAAAGAGAGGAGAGGGAGAGAGAGAGGGGAGAAGGGAGGGAGAGAGAGAGAGGGGAGAGGGGGGAGAGAGAGAGAGAGAGGGAGAGGGAGGGAGAGUGUGGAGGGAGAGGGAGAGGGAGAGAGAGGGAGAGAGAGGGGAGAGGGAGAGAGAGAGAGAGAGGGGGGAGAGGGAGGGAGAGCAAGAUAGGGGAGAAGGAGAGAGAGAGAGAGAGAGAGAGAGAGAGACCUGACUCAACUCAAACUGAACUGUCUAUCGUACAGCAGAGCGUGUCCAACUCCAAACCCCCACAACUGAAUAGAUAAGAGCAUAUCAUCAACGCACCGCUUCCAAAACAGAGCUGAGAGCUCUCCAUAAAGAAAAUGAACUGCACGGCGGCAGCUUAAUAAACCAUUGGUGGGAUGACAGAAAGAGUGAUAACAGAGAAAGCUCCCAUUGCUGCACUGCUAUCACACAUUUUCCCACUCUAGGGACAUAGACCUUGAAAAAAAUCACUUUGAGAAAUCGUCACCCCAAGUGAGCCCAACCGACUAGUAGAAAGUACGACACGUUCCGUUGCAGCUCCAGUGGAGUAGAUCAUUCUGUUACUGCUGCCAGUAAAAUCUUAGUUCAGACAAGACGUUCCUAUGAAUCAUGUCAUGCACUGUUGAGUGUCAACGAUGCCAUACUGUACCAACUAAUGCAAUGUUUAAAUGUAAAUAAAAAUGUUGUACGUUAUUCCCAUGACAUUAUGUGUGCCUUUUGUACAGAGAUCCAGAGGGAGUUAAACACUCUCACAGAAGAGGAAUACCACAGUCCUUCUACACUUGGUGAGACAUUAUUUACUCUAUUGUAUUAUAGCAUAAUAUAUAGUUUUCCCCAUAAAACUAAGAAACCUUGUUUGACUGGUCUAUGUUCCCGACCCCUCCAGGGCUGAAACUGUCAGAGCAGCAGAGCCUGUCUGUCUCCAGUGAGACCCUUCCCCUGGCCCUGAACAGAGGGGACGAGUCUCUCCGCUCCCCCAGGACUGCUGGCACCAUCCGGAUCGCUAACCAUCAAGCCUCUGCAUCCUUGGAGAGAGACCGAGAGAGCCGACCAGAGUCAGAGAAAGCUGUGGGGUUGAAAGGUUGCAGUACCAUUAAAGGGUGAGUUCCUAGUGAUGGUAUACCGUACAGCCACUUCGCAGCUUGGACCUCACGCUUCAAUUUUUAAAUGCUGUUGGUGAGGUGUGAUAUAGUGUUAGAGGUUAUAUGGUUGUUAAGCUGUACGUAUGUGGUACAGUAUGAGCAUGAGAAAAAUGUAUGGUGUGAGUUUGAGAUAAGCACAUGCAUGAGGUUUGUUUGUACUGACUUUGAAAGCCCCAAGUUUUAUUAAUAGUUUUCACGAUUUUCUGACACAGCUUUGGCCUUUUCAUCUCUAUUGGUUGCUAUAAUUUUGAGACUAACCUCAAAAUGGUUGCCAAUGGCUGCAAGUGUUUAAUGGAGUGAAAUAAAUCAUUGACAUCCUUUCAGCUUCACAGCAAUGUUGCAGAGACAUGCUGUAGUGUGACUUACUGACUGAUGAAUCCCUGUAGACUCAUAAAGGGCAGAAAUAGGCCUAUUUAUGGCCUCAAACAGGGAGGAGUGGUAAAGAGUGGCAUGAGAGUGGAAUGUAUGUCUGUAGUGUCUUAUACCCAGCUACAUAGCAUGCUUCCCUACACAUGAUUACUCAUCCCCUAUCUCUGUCUUGUUACUGCUACUAUAAUUUCUAUACGACUCACAACCCUCCCUAACACCACUGUGUGCUUCCAAUCAUGACCCUGAUGUGUGUGACCUGCCUGCUGUGCAAGCCCAGCAACCUCCCUGCUCUCGACGUCAGAGCUCUGACACCAAGUAUCUUUGUUCCUCAGUUCUGGGCAAGAUGGCAGCCCAGCAACUGGUAUCUCUGGCCCUACGCCCACAGAAGUCUCUGAAUCAGCAGGGCUUAUUCCAGCGCUCCCUCCUCCAUGGCCUUUCUCUAGCCUAGAGACAGAAGCACCAGAGAGCACUAUCCCUAAAGAGCCUUCUACCAACAUCCUGGGAGCAUUUAGUGCUGAUAACCCGCCAUUGGCUGAAAAGAAGCCUGACUUUAAAAAGACAUCCAAUGAGACCAAGGAAGUGCCUUAUCAACCUGCCAAGCCAGAGGACUCCUCUCCCUCGACCCUGGACAAAACACCUUUUAGUGCAGACAAGCCACCAUUGGCUGAGCCUGAGUUUGACUUUGAUGACAUAAUCAUAGAGACACCUGAUCCAUCAGUCAUGGCAGGUAACUUAUAUUUGGAGGACAAUGCAGAUGAAGAAGCAUCAAAAGUGGAAACAAUAAAGAGGUCACCAUUCAGCACCUUGAAGACUGAGAUGGAACAUCUGAAUGGAGGGUAAGUGUGACAUUCUGAAAGCAAGCAGACAGUGCUACUGUUUCCUCUCAAGGCAGUUUCUUCGAAAAUUAGUUUUUCAUCCUUAUGUAACGAUUUAUCCUCAUCCUUACUAGCCUAAACAUUAUGCUUGGCUAUUUUACACAGACACUCUUCAUGUGUUUAUUGAAAGCACCUCUUUCCUUCACACACACAUAUACACACAUACACACACGUACACACCCACUUCUGAGACUAAUAUCUCCAUUGACGCUCAAACCCUUGACAUCAGUGUCCCUGUCCCUCAGUGUUGAACAGGAAGCUGAUUUAAAUUCAACUGGAGUGCCAUAUUCAAAAAUGCCGACGUCAACGGAGCUCCAAAUAGAGCACAGGCCAGUUGACACGAAGCCACUUCCAGAGAUUGUAAACAUCACGUGUGAAGACGCAGCCGAGAAGCAUGCCAAAGGCCAAGAGAAGCCUGUGGAGACGAAGCAGGAGAAACAAAGGCCAACACCUGAUUUUCCCUGUUUAUAUGACCUCAACAAGUCAGAUGAAGACAAGGAAAUUAUGAAAAACAUGGCUGCCCUGGAGGCAGGUCCCCUCAGUAUUACAUCCACACCAGCUGAGCCAUCCAGUAUUCCUACUCAAGAGCUCCCUCCUCUGGAGAAAAAGCCAAUCAAAGCAAAAAGGCCAUCAUGGGCUGAGGAGAUUAAGGGCUCCAAAGAGGAGGCUAAGAAACAGAUGGGCCAUCAACCCCAGGAUGAGAAGGCCUCAUUAUCACAAGCUGAUGGGCACAAAUCAGCCCCCCUUCAAGUUAAAGCUAACAAGAAUAAAGAGGAGUCACAUGGUUCAGAAUGGAAUGCAACGAAAGAGGAGGCAGGCAUUUUCAAAGCACACAGAGGGGAUUCUGACUGUGUUCAGAUAGAGCGGUAAGUGAGAGCACAUCUUAUUAACAGUUUCCUCUCUACGAAAUGUCCUUUAAUCUUGUCAACCUGUUUAUUGUCUAACUCUCUCUUCCUCUGUCCCACUCCAUAUCCUGUUCCAUCUCACCUUCUGUCUCUCUUUCAGUUCUUCUGACCAUCUGUCAUCAAAAGCAGACACAUUUCCCUUGUCAGGCAGUGUCAGUGUAGAUAAAACCAUAGAAAUAAAUUUACUAUCAAAUAGCACUAAUUAUAUUUCUAUAGAUAAAACCAUGGAUGCCACUCCAGAAAGCCUAGAGACACCCAAUAUGGCUGAACCCCCUCAAUAUGAAGUUGUUGAACCUAUGAUCCAAUCCAGCUUUACGUUAGAGACCAUAGCUGAGGAUGCAAUGGCGCAUGCAGAGGUUCCACUCUGGGAGGCCCUGGAGGAGAAAGCUAAGGAUCAGAAACCAGAGCAGGACUCUGGAGAGGAGAUGAUCAAAGAUGAAGUCCUUAGAGAGGAACAGGGGAAAGUAGAUGAGAACAUGUUAGUGCCAGACGUAGAAUCACUGGAGACAGGGUAAGUGUGGAAGGGAGGCAUCUCUAUACCACCGAGAGUAAUUGAUUACCUCAGAGAAACCCCAGUUAAAGUUUACCAUAAAGGUGUGAAUUAUAGUCUGGUGGUUAUCAUUGGCAAUAGUUCAAAUGUAUGAUGAUGCCUGGCCAUGUCCUACAGUUCUUUUGAGUGUGUCUGAUCUGUAAAUAUUCACUGUGUGUAGGCUAAUUAUACAGUAAUACUGAUGUAAUUCCCAUACGUUUGCCCUCUCAGCUCAGACAAAGAUGUUAAGCCAGAAGCUGCCAUUAGCAAAGAUGAGGGGCACAAGCAAAUCACCUCAGAUGAAUCAGAGCUGUUCCGAAUGCCACCUACCCCAGAGCCCACAGCCCAGUCUUCUGAAUCACUUCUCAAGGAGACAAUUGUAGAGGAGGGUAAAGAGAGUGAACCAUCAACUUCACUGUCUACACCCCCUCUGCACCUCCCCACAAAGGUAUUCGGUAGCUCCACCAUGGAGCGCUCAUUGCAGAUAGACACGCUUGUGUCAUUGGAAGCAGCCAUUUCUCCAGCUGGAGAGUCAGGUUUAAAGGAAGAGGAUCAAUGCGAAAUGAAGCGUCCUCCUAGCAGGGGGGCUGUAGAGGCAGAGCAGCCUCUAUGGGCUGCUUUAGAGGAGAAAACUAAGGAGAAGGGGGCAGAGGGAGUAGGCAUGAGCACAUUGGAGCCAACAAAGAGUACCUCGCAAACGGGGUAAGUUACUGGGGGUGAAACUCCUCAUGGCCUGGCAUGAAGUGUCUGUGUGAGGUACAUUUACACUAGACAUGCAUGUUUGUGGUGGCGUUGACAUUUUAUACAUGUUUUAAUGCUCACCCAAAAGUGCCAAUAACACUGCGUUUAGGCUAUAACUUUUCUGGAGACUAGUCAUAUUCCACUUAGUAGAAAUCAUCACCUGCUCUAUGGAUUCUGGUGUCAGACUAGUGUCCAAUCAAGUGUCUCAUUUCAUAUCUGUCUGUGGCAGCCCAUCUGGACAGGGAUCUGUAGCAGAGAUCCACAUGACUGACUACCUAGAGGACACUCCCAUCCCAUCUCCCUCCAAGGAAAAUAGAGAAACAGACAUUUACUUUGACUGUGACAGUUCAGUAGCAUUUGACACACCAUCAAAUGAGGAGACCCCCAUUCACCUUCCUAAGAAGAAGAAGAAAUUAUACCUGGAAAAAUGUGCUGUUGUCGACACUAAGAGUGAAGAAAUGGAAGGUGAGUCUGGUUCCUCCGUGGUCGGCCCAGGACAAGCCAACAAUGAGCAUCAUCUAGAUCCAGUGUCAAAGAAAAGUUCUGUGGACACAUCAGAUUUAAGUACAAGAGAGGAGUUGGAAGAUGAGCAGGUUUUGGGAAGGCUGGAGCAGGUUCCUGUAGCUGUGCAGGAGGAGGGUCUUGAUGUUGAUGUCUUCAUGAGAGCGUUAGUGAGUGCCCUGUACAGAGGGUAAGUCUGACAGGCAACCGAGGCUUGCUCAGCUUUGACAUCUUUGAUCAGCAUGGCCACAGGCAUUUUAGGGACAUUAAGUACUCUUGACUCUGAGGCUGAAUCUGAAAUAUGUAUAUUUUGUUAACGACAGCUUUUGCUUAUGAAAACAUGUCGUCAAUAAGAUGCGAAGCUUAAAUAACAACGUUUGUUUCAACCAAUUUUAAAGAUUUAAAAUCUACACUGAGUGUACAAAACAUUAGGAACACCUGCUCUUUUCAUGACAUAGACUGAUCAGGUGAAAGUUAUGAACCCUUAUUGAUGUCUCUUGUUAAAUCCACUUCAAUCAGUGUAGCUGAAAGGGAGGAGACAGGUUAAAGAAGGAUUUUUAAGCCUUGAGACAAUUGAGACAUGGAUUGUGAAUGUGUGCCAUUCAGAUGGUGAUUUAAGUGCCUUUGAAUGGGGGAACGGGGUAUGGUAGUAGGUGCCAGGCACACCAGUUUGAAUGUGUCAAGAACUGCAACGCUGCUAGGUUUUUCAUGCUGAACAGUUUCCCGUGUGUAUCAAGAAUGGUCCCACCAACCAAAGAACAUCCAGUCAACUUGACACAACUGUGGGAAGCGUUGGAGUCAACAUGAGCCAGCAUCCUUGUGGAAUGCUUUCGACACCUUGUAGAGUCCAUGCCCUGACGAACUGAAGCUGUUCUGAGGGUAAAAGGGGUGUAAUUCAAUAUUAGGAAGGUGUUCCUAAUGUUUUGUACACUCAGUGUACAUGUUUAAAGAUUGGAUGGAAAUAUGAAUUGUAGUAGGUGUCCAAUGUCACCUUGAAAUAUGUCUCAAAGUCUAUUGAAAAAGAACUGCAUCUUCCAUGCCUGCUGUACAUGUAACCUAAAAACGUUGUUCAAAUAUCCCCUAAAUAUUUUUUCAAAUAUCCCCAUUCCCUAGUUAUGAGACUGUGACUUCCAUACUUCAGCCAUCUGGCCUAAUGAUGUCUAAUGAUGAGGAGGUAGGAAAGCCAUACUCAAGACCACUUUCUCCAUCUGAGUUUGAGAUCCUACCACCUGAAGCCUUUUCUGAUGCAUUAGAGGAACUCCCAGUCCUGGUCACAGACUCAUCACCGGUCCAGUUGACCCACAAGAAUGAAACAACGCUCUCUACAACUGGAGAGACUGGCAGGCUAAGCUUAGUGGAGACUUUGUGUUUAGCUGCUGUGGAGCAAGAGAUGGUCAAGGACCCAAUCACCAAAAUUGAGCAAGAGGUCAAACCUCUGAAGGAGUCUACCAAACCACAUAAAGAGACUAACAAACCACUGGAAGAGAGCACAGAACAACCAAAGGAGAGCACAGAACCACUAAAGGAGAGCACAGAACCACUGAAGGAGAGCACAGAACCACUGAAGGAGAGCACAGAACUACUGAAGGAGAGCACAGAACAACCAAAGGAGAGCACAGAACCACUAAAGGAGAGCACAGAACCACUGAAGGAGAGCACAGAACCACUGAAGGAGAGCACAGAACCACUGAAGGAGAGCACAGAACCACUAAACGAGAGCACAGAACCACUGAAUGAGAGCACAGAACAACCAAAGGAGAGCACAGAACCACUGAAGGAGAGCACAGAACCACUGAAGGAGAGCACAGAACCACUGAAGGAGAGCACAGAACCACUAAACGAGAGCACAGAACCACUGAAUGAGAGCACAGAACCACUGAAGGAGAGCACAGAACCACUAAAGGAGAGCACAGAACCACUGAAGGAGAGCACAGAACCACUGAAGGAGAGCACAGAACCACUGAAGGAGAGCACAGAACCACUGAAGGAGUGCACAGAACCACAAAAGGAGAGCACAGAACCACUGAAGGAGAGCACAGAACCACUGAAGGAAAGCACAGAACCACUGAAGGAGAGCACAGAACCACUAAAGGAGAGCACAGAACCACUAAAGGAGAGCACAGAACUACUGAAGGAGAGCACAGAACUAUUGAAGGAGAGCACAGAACCACUGAAGGAGAGCACAGAACCACUGAAGGAGAGCACAGAACCACUGAAGGAGAGCACAGAACUAUUGAAGGAGAGCAGAGAACCACUGAAGGAGAUGAACACUGUGAAGGGUAAACCAGAGAAGGAUGUACGUCCACCUGUGUUACCACCUGUAGAAAACAAAAAGGAUUUCCCACCACUGAGAGAAGCAGAGCUGGAUGAAAUAGCUUAUGAAGAGUGCUUGGAGGACAAUAAAGAUGAAUCCACCCCCAUCGCUAACUACACUAAAGCCUGUAAAGAGACAAUCAAGGAAAAGACCAAGACAGUGUUCAUGCCUGACAGCGAUUCAGAUGAGUUGGAGUUUGAGAUGGGGCAGGAGGACAUAGGCACAGUGUGGCUAGCAGAGUUGUACAUGGAUGCAGGGUAAGUGCCUGAGCUCCUGUCACUCUCUGCACUACUUUCCUGCAUGGCUUAACGAGACAGAUUGUAUUCAUGUAGUAGGAAUGGAGCUCUGUCAGGUUGUGGCUGGGUUUUUGUACUCAGGCAUCUGGAGUGGUACAGUAUUUUCUUUGCUUAUACUGAAUGAUCUUGUAAAGAGUUCUCGUAAAGUUAUUUCACAUGAACUUGUGGUUUUUAGAUCUUUGUGUACGGUCUACUACCAUGCCUGAGGAGAGAGUUUAAUUGUUAGAUUUUAGUGCUCUGAAUGUGCAUUUGCAUGUGACAGUAAAGGUUAUUGCAAACAACUUGGAAACUGAACCCAGUGAAAUGUUGGACAUAGCUGAUAGUGAGCUUGCCGUGUUGAUGUUUACUGUUGCCACGCCUUGGCUGUUGACCGUUGUCUUUUGUCUGUGGCGUUGUUGAGGAUUGUGUGGCAGUCCGCAUUUUGGGGAAAUUGCUAUUGUAGCCAUGCCAGAUGGCUAACAUUGAUAUCUCUGUUUCACAGUCAAGAGGUGUUCUCUUCUCCACCACCUGCUCCACAUGAGGUCAACCGCCCUGAUAGUGUGUCCACACAGCAGGCCAUAUCAGUGGGGUCCCUUCCUGCAGGACCUGUUACUGGAACCAUUGAACUGGAGCCACUUCCCCGUCGUCGCAGCAAAAAAAAAAAAAACUCUCCUCCAGUGCCUCUUCAGGAAGUAGGCCCAGACAGAGUUAGUCAAGACACGGCACCUGUUGCCAGUUGCCUGGCUCCACCAAAGCGAAUCAAAAAGAAAACUGUUCCACCACCCGAUAAUAAUAGCAAUAAUGAGGCAAUGGCACAAGAGAGCAGCAAAUCUAGCUUAAUAAAGGAGACUUUUAACACUGAUGCUAAAGAGGAAGACAUUCCAAAACCACUAAUCCUCGCCAUGGAAACAACUUCUUCAGAUAGCAUUCUGGUGACAUCCAGAGAGAAUGGAGCCAAUGACGUGCCUCAUCUAGCAAAGGAGGGUGAUGAUGAGAAAGAUCUCCCAGAGAAAGAUGUCUCUGUCAGCUCAGUGGUCCCAUGGCCUCUACCGCCCUCUCAACCUGGAACACCUACUACAUGUCCCAAGGUCCCUCACGUAAUCACUACGGAACCCCCCAAAGAGACUGGAGAGGACCUAAGCCUCAUUGAGGAGGAAAUGUUGCUGCUGGCUAAGAUUAGUCAGAUGGCAGGAGAAGAGCCAUCAGAAGUACCUGUGCCUGUGCCUGCCCCCCGCUUCAGGAAACGCCUGAUCCCCUCUUUCCAUGAGGAUGACCCUUUUCUGAACCCAGAAGAUCUCCCAGCCUCCGAGGCCAGUGAGGAACAAGAGACUCUAUUACCAAUGAUCCCUCAGGAAGUCAGUCUAGACAGGCCUGAGCCAAACCUCCUAGAUCUAGAUGGAAGGAACGGGCAGCAGGAAAUCAUUUGUGAGCCCUCUACCAUAGCCAUCUCCUCCUCAAAUAGUAGCCCAUCAGAAACUAUUACUGAGGUUAAUCAGGUGGUGGCAACCACUGAGGGUAUGACAUCAUCAGACUCUGCUGUGAAUUUCACAGUCCAUUCAAAGGAGCCAAUGGAGGUUGAGGAAAGUAUCCUGAUGACAGAAACAGUGACAGAUGGGGUACCUGUUGAUACAUGGUUUGAAAUAGACAAGUGUGCGCUCUCUACUGUUUUCUGUGUCCCUGCCCAAGAGGAGUGCUUGUUAUUGACUGAAACAGGGGCGACAGUCCUCAAUGAGAAAGUGCCUGAUUCAGGGGUUGAGGAGGAGGAUGGUAUUGAGAUAGAACAGGAUGCUACUCUGUGCACUGUGGAUACAUCAGUGGAUGGGGUGGAUGAACAGUAAGUUGGCAGGACAAUGACAUUGUUCAGCUUUGGCAAUGCUUGAUUUGAAGUUAAUCAGAUCAUAUCAUCUGGCUCUUGUAACUCCUUUCACAGUUGAAUAAUAUUGACUUGGAUCAGUGCUUAACUGUGAACUGUUUUUGUUUGUCUGCAGGACAUAUAAUAACUGAAACUAAAUCAGAAAUUAUACAUAUCAGCUAACUUUACUUGGCUGUCCCAUCAUCUUAUCUCGACCAUUUCUGUCCCUAUAGAUCUGAGACGGCUGAGGGGGAAAAGAAGUCCAGUGACCUGGCUGUCCCAACGAGAUGCUCUAAGAAAGCCGCUCAAUCAUCCGCACCAGACACCACAACCCAGGGGAACGACCAGCCCCCAGCCACUAGUCCAGGCAGUGAAGAGCCACAGUCCAAUGGACAGACCCCAGCAGAUAAGGAGGUCACCUCUGGUCAAGCGUCAGAUACCAUUGUACCUCCCCGACGCAGCAAGAAGAAAACCCUUCCCUCUCCUGUGUUCCUUCAGGAAGUUGCCCCAGGGCCCUCCACUACCACGGCGGACAAGGAUACAGCCUAUAGGAAGGAUGUAUUAGUCCUCAGCCAGGAGGUACAUUUGAUUCUCAUAUUUAUUUUUUAUAAGAAGUAUCAACAGUUCAUUAUAUUUCAAACACAGCUGAAUAUGUCAAUGGGAAUGUCAGUAGCUAUAACAGGUCUCUCUCCCUCUGUUCCUCUCUUUCACACUCUCCUCAGAUGUCAGGUCCACUGCCCAGUCCUGGGCUGGUCACCUCCAGCAAGUCUUUGCUGGAGUGGUGCCAGGAGGUUACGAAGGGGUAUAAGGGAGUGAAGGUCACCAACUUUAACACCUCCUGGCGUAAUGGCCUGGCUUUCUGUGCCAUCCUGCACCACUUCCAUCCUGACAAGAUGUAAGCACUUCAUCACUAAUCAGUUCAAUCCCACCCGCAAUGUUCCAUCCUAGUCUGAAUCUGAAAAGUCAAGCAACUUUAUUAUGAGUCCAUGCAUGUACUUGAAGUCAACCCAGACAGCUGAAUGUAAGAAAGGUAUCAUUAUUCCACCUCUUUACAGGGAUACAGCUGAAGUUCUGACAAAAUAGUACCAGUAAGUUCCAUCCAUGUCCUUAGAUUAACUACUGGUGUUCUUUUCAGAGAUUUUGAGACACUGGAAACCAACGAUAUCAAGUCAAACAACAAGAAGGUGAAAAAGUCAAUGAGCAUAUCAAACAUAUUUACUGUACAUCACAUUAUCACAUUUUAAUAAUUAUACAUAAUGUCAAUUAGGAACACAGAAGUCAUCAUUUUUGUCCUGAACCCUCCCUCUCUCUCAGGCCUUUGAUGGCUUUGCUGCGCUGGGCAUCUCCCGUCUGAUGGAGCCCUCGGACAUGGUGCUGCUCUCUGUGCCAGACCGCCUGAUCGUCAUGACUUACCUGUGUCAGAUCCGCACCCACUUUACUGGGCAGGAGCUGAGUGUGGUUCAGAUCGAGAACAACAGCAGCCAGUCCAGCUAUGCAGUGACUGAGCCCAGUGAGGGUUCUGAUGUGGAUGCUGCUGCUCGUUUCUGUGCCCGCAAGCUACAGGAAGGUAGCUUCUUCCUGGAGGACAGUGCUACAGAACAGGCCUCUAAGCCCAAUGGGAGCCUAGUGCCACCCCCCCGGACUAAACGGUUGACAAAGGGGGAAGAGAAAGGGAGCGGAGCUGGGGGUUUGGAAGUGGGAGCGGGUGGGUCACAGACCCCCGUGCCUCCACCCAGGUCACACGCCUCUGCAGCAAAAUCAGGAUUUGGUCACGUGAGAGAUGCCGACCUGGUGAAGAAAAGGCGCUUGCGGCUGAAGAGUGAGUCCAUGGAUGAAGGGGAUGGGCUGGAGCAACAGAGUAGCACAUCCAACAGCACAGAGGUACAUGAAUACUGUCUGUAUCUUUUCUUCCAAGCCAUUUUCCCAUCUUUUAAAACUGUUUUCUUGCGUUUGAACAGAGAUUGAUGUUCUAUUCAUUUGUCAAUGUUUUGCUAUUGACACCAGGCCAUGUUUCUCUCCACCUAUAAUAUCUAUUGUGUUUGUGUCUCCUGUCCAGUCAGCUGAAAGUGUAUCAAACAGAGAGGUGAAGAACGGCUCCUCAGAAUCAGGUAGGAGGUUUACCAGGAGAUUUUACCUGAACUGAAGGAGCUGACAACAGAAAUUGACACAAUGCUUAAGCAUGAUAUGAAAGGCAGCAUUCUCUGUGAUUUUCCUUUUUCAGUAAAUAUACUAAUUACCAGUCUCACUGUUUGAUCUGUAUGCAGAGACAAGGAGCACAGCGCCAGUCCAGGAGUCCAGUGUCCCAAGCCAGGAGGAGGAUACUCUGGUUAGUUCAAACCUUUACCUUUACGUCAUGUUAUUAUCCACUUGACUGUUGACAUUUGUAUCUCUUAGUCCGUGGCUUAACCUAUCCGUCACUACUCCUUUACUGCUAGGCCUCUGUGGCUCUUAGUCCGUGGCUUAACCUAUCCGUCACUACUCCUUUACUGCUAGGCCUCUGUGGCUCUUAGUCCGUGGCUUAACCUAUCCGUCACUACUCCUUUACUGCUAGGCCUCUGUGGCUCUUAGUCCGUGGCUUAACCUAUCCGUCACUACUCCUUUACUGCUAGGCCUCUGUGGCUCUUAGUCCGUGGCUUAACCUAUCCGUCACUACUCCUUUACUGCUAGGCCUCUGUGGCUCUUAGUCCGUGGCUUAAUCUAUCCGUCACUACUCCUUUACUGCUAGGCCUCUGUGGCUCUUAGUCCGUGGCUUAACCUAUCCGUCACUACUCCUUUACUGCUAGGCCUCUGUGGCUCUUAGUCCGUGGCUUAACCUAUCCGUCACUACUCCUUUACUGCUAGGCCUCUGUGGCUCUUAGUCCGUGGCUUAACCUAUCCGUCACUACUCCUUUACUGCUAGGCCUCUGUGGCUCUUAGUCCGUGGCUUAACCUAUCCGUCACUACUCUGAAUGUGUAUCAUGUUUACUUUCUGGUCUUCUCUUUGCCUUUAUUCCUGUUUCUCCCUCUAAUCUCCUGACCUUCUCCUGUCUGUCAUCUAUCUAUGUUCAUCUGUGUGUCUGUCCUUGUAUGUCCUCCCAUCUGUCUGUUGUCUGUUUCAUUUUGGCAAUGUGUGUCUCUGUAUCUUCCUGGUCAGCGUCUGCAGGACACCAGUCAGUAUGUGCUGAGUGAGCUGCAAGCCCUGGAGAGUGAACAAAAGCACAUUGACAACAGAGCAGGCAUCGUGGAGAGGAGACUCAGAAGACUGAUGGAAUCAGGUGAGAAUUAGAAAGAUAUCCAAAGGUGCUAAACCUAACAUGAACAGUGUUAUGUGUGCUUAUCAAAGGCCACAGGGUCCUGGGGUUCAUUUUCUCAGUAUGUACAACAAAUCUCACCUCUAAGGUGCCAUUUUAACUGUGGACAUUGUGUCCUCGCUCCAGGUAGCGACCGUGACGAGGAAGAGAAGCUGAUCCAGGAGUGGUUCACUCUGGUCAACAAGAAGAACGCCCUAAUAAGGAGACAGGACCACCUGGAGCUGCUGUAAGACACAUACCAGACCACUCACACAUCUAGUUUUCUUAAGAAUACGGAACAUGUUUAUGUUACGAGGAAAUGGUUUGACCUGAAAUGUGCCAUCCAACUAUAUAUGCCAUAUUAUGCUCUGUUUGUGUACCCAGCAGAGGGCAGCUAACCGAAUGUAUUGUAUUCCCAGGCAGGAGGAGCACGACUUGGAGAAACGAUUUGAGCUGCUGAAUAGAGAACUCAGAGCCAUGAUGGCCAAUGAAGGUUAGUCCAAUGCAUAAGCACAACCUUUAUUUACAUUGAACACAACCGGUGAGACGACUGUAGACCUAUAACAGUUGUGCAUACCUAAUGACUAUCUUCCCUCAUCCUCCCUCUCUUCAGAGUGGCAGAACACUAAGGCCCAGCAGCACCGGGAGGAGCUUCUGCUGCAGGAACUGGUCUCUCUGGUCAACCAGCGGGACGAGCUGGUCAGAGACAUGGAUGCCAAAGAACGAGGGUGAGACUAGCCCAUCUGUUUGUUACAGCCAUGCAUAUACAGUAUGAAAGACUAAGCAUGUGUAAAGGACGUCACGCUGCUUGCUUAGCGAGUACCACUUCCUCCCGAUUCGGCCCAUAUCUGGCGCGAACUCGGAACCUCUUAGCCGAUCGCGCCACCUCAAAAGCUAGCUAAUGAGGCGACGCAGGCGGGGCACUUAAGGCUGAGGAGUAAGUUUCACACGUCCCUGUGUGCUACACAUGCAUUUAUCCAUAUGUUUGAUAUGAUGCAGUACUGUGUGGUUGUUUAUGUGUGUGUCCUCAGGGCCGUUGAGGAGGAUGAGCGUCUGGAGCGGGGGCUGGAGCUUAGACGCAGGAAGUUCAGCAACAAAGACAAGUGUGUGCUGCAGUGA